GCGUGUCAGUGUCAUGGCGGCGCCCUUCGAGACGGCGUACACAAAUCAACAUGAAAUCACCGAGUCGGGAUGAAUAAAAAGUCGUUUUCAGAAACUUUGUUCUGUUCGACUGAUCAAGUCUGAUUCUCAAUAAACCUCAAUUCUCAUACCACAGCGGAAGCUUCAAAACUCCACUGUGACGCGGUAAAACUGUUCCGGCAUGAAAGGGAUGCAGAUUUUCCAUUCUGCUUGACCUAACAGCCGAACAGGACCCCAAAAAAAAUAAAAUGAAUAAAGCAUGCAAACUUUUUUGACCCAGCCCCCGAAAAGAAUCGGAAUCGAGAAUCGUUCGGAACCGGAAUCGAACGAAGGAACCGAAAUUGCCCAAAUUCAAACGAUGCCCAACGUUUGCCCUCGUGGACGCCGUCAGCAUUUUUGCGCCCUCAGUCUGAUUUGUCGGUGAGAAAAGCGACUUCGCUUUUUCUUUGUCUUUUCCUCCCACCGGGCCGACAGCGAAGAUGCUGCGGAUGAUAAAGCUGACGUCAUCGGCGGCACGCGCCGCCGAAUUCCCGCAUCCGCCCCGGCCGUGCCGUUCCGUGUCGGGCGGCGCCGCCCUGCUGGCCUCCAAGCAGUUCAGAGGUCAGAAGAAGGAGCAGAGGCCAAAGGUGAAAGCCAACAAACAGGAAGUGGAGAUCAGGCAGACCAUGACGGUGGAGGCCCUCGCACGGGCCAUGAACAAACAGCCCGAUCACGUGUUGGAGGCGCUUCUCAACACGUCGUCGGACGUGUCGUGUCUGGACGCGUCGUCCGUGCUGGAGGAGCGUCGGAUCAAGGAGGCGGUGAGGCGCUCGGGGAUGAAGUUCCGCUGGGAGAAGCUGAGCGAGACUCCGCGGCGCCAGAACAGAGACGCCGUGCCCGGACCCCCCGCAGAGGCCAGCAAGCUGGUUCGCCGCCCCCCGGUGGUUACCAUCAUGGGUCACGUGGAUCACGGCAAGACCACGCUGUUGGACAGUCUGAGGAAAAGCCAAUUGGUCGCCACCGAGGCCGGCGGCAUCACGCAGCACAUCGGAGCCUUCGGAGUGGAGUUGGAGACGGGCGAGAAGAUCACGUUCCUGGACACGCCCGGUCACGCCGCCUUCUCGGCCAUGCGGGCCCGCGGCGCCCGGGCCACCGACAUCAUCAUCCUGGUGGUGGCCGCCGACGACGGCGUCAUGAACCAGACCGUGGAGUCCGUCCGGCACGCCAAGCGGGCGGCAGUUCCGAUGAUCGUGGCGGUCAACAAGUGCGACAAAGCUCACGCCGAACCCCAAAGGGUCAAACGGGAACUGCUGGCUCACGACGUGGUGUGCGAGGACUUCGGAGGAGACGUUCAGGCCAUCCACGUCUCCGCCCUCAAGGGCGACAACCUGGUGGCGCUGGCCGAGGCCACGGUGGCGCUGGCCGAGAUUUUGGAGCUGAAGGCGGAACCCGACGGCGCCGUGGAAGGCCUGGUCAUUGAGAGUCGCACCGACAAAGGCAAAGGUCCCGUGACGACGGCGCUGGUCCAGCGGGGGGCGCUGCGGCGAGGCUGCGUGCUGGUAGCGGGCAAGACGUGGGCCAAGGUGCGCUUCCUUUCGGACGAGCGCGGCCGGGCGGUGGAGGAGGCGGGCCCCGGCGUGGCGGUGGAGGUGGUCGGCUGGAAGGACGCGCCCUCCGCCGGUGACGCCAUCCUGGAGGUGGAGUCGGAGCAGCGUGCCAGGGAGGUGUCGGCGUGGCGCAGUCACGAGGAGGAGUCGGAGCGGCUGCGGGAGGAGCAGAGCGCCGUGCGGGCCCAGCGGGAGCGGCACCACGCCGCCUACAGGAAGGACAGGGAGGCGCUGGCGCACCUCAGCUGGCGGCAGAGGAAGUCGCUGCUCUACCGCAACAACAAGACGGCGUUCGCCGGCCGGCCCGCCGAGAAGACGGCGGCGCGGCGGACGUCCGCCGGCCUGCCGCUCGUCAUCAAAGCUGAUGUGGAUGGCUCGGUGGAGGCCAUCUUGAGCAUCUUGGACACGUACGAUGCGGACGAUCAGUGUCGCCUGGAGGUCAUUCACUUCGGCGUCGGCGACGUCUCCGAAAACGACCUCAACAUGGCGGAAACGUUUGGAGGCAGCGUGUACGGCUUCAACGUGGCGGCGAGCAAGUCCAUCCUGCAGACGGCCUCUCGGCGCAACAUCCCCCUCAGGCUGCACGCCGUCAUCUACAAAAUGGUGGACGAGCUCAAGGCCGAGAUCAGCGCCAAGUUGCCGCCGCUGGUCGCUUCCAGCACGCUCGGCGAGGCCGCGGUUCUGGCCGUGUUCGACGUGACGGCGGGCAAAAAGAAGACGGCGGUGGCCGGCUGCCGCGUGAUCAAAGGUCAGCUGGACCGCAAGAUGAAGUUUCGGCUGAUUCGCGGUGGAGACAAGCUGUGGGAGGGCGGCCUGCUGGCGCUGAAGCACCACAAGGACGACGUGAGCGCGGUGGGGUCAGGCAUGGAGUGCGGCCUGUCGGUGGACGGCGACGUCGACUUCCUGCCCGGUGAUGUCAUCCAGUGUUUCCGGGAAGCGGAGGUGUCGCAGGUCACCGCCUGGGACCCUGGAUUCUGAUCGUUUGUAUCAAUUAAAAACCAGAAAAUCUGUGCAGGAAGUUUCCCCGCUUCACUCCCUCUGGAACUCGUCCUUCAGCCUGGUGACCGCAAAGAGGCGCCGGGCGCGUUGGCUCAGUGUGCCGCCGCACUUGAGCCCGCGAGCCGUCAGUUCCCCUUUCAGACGCUCCAGGCCCAAACGCUCCAAAUCGGACGCGCUGGCCGCCGAUUCCACCGCGUCGCCGUCAUCUCCCACGUCGGUGUGCUGCGGAACACGGGCACACAAAAACACACGAUCGUAUGCCAAAGCCGCUGACAUCGGGGAAUCUCAUUUGUUUGCGAGAAACGAGACGUGGGCUCAGUCGUUGUCAUCGUUUCGAGCAAGGGGUUAAUCGGAGCUGCCGCGCGUCCCAGUGUUGAUGUGCAUCAUGCAAUGAAUAAAGUGAACAGCAGGGGCCGACGUUGCCGCCUUUUUGAGUGACGAGCCGAGUUGCUGCGGCCCUGUCACAGGGUUCCGAACCAUUUCCAUACUUUGUCCAGACCCUAAAAAAAAAAAAAUGUAAUUUGUGGCAUUCGAGGAGACCCCGGGACGACCCGGGACACGCCGGAGAGACUACGUCCUUCGGCUGCCCUGGGAACGCCUCGGGUUCCCCCCGGAAGAGCUGGAUGAAGCGGCCGGGGAGAGGGAAGUCUGGGCGUCCCUGCUAAAGCGACCCGACCUCGGCUAAGCGGUAGAAAAUGGAUGGAUGGAUGGAUGGAGUGAACCCGUGUGUAUCAUUGUGAUUCUUUCCAUGCCAUUUUGCGGCCCAAAAAUUCCCUCGAGAUUAUUUUGUGCUCGUUCCCGCAUACGACCCACAACUGCCGCCUCCCGCUGGACAUGUCAAACGUCUGAUCUCGUCGUCAGAGAAUAUACAACUGCCCAUUGUGAAUUACGGCAACAAUCGUACAAGAUCGGACGCGUAUACAUCAGGUGAUUCGUGGACGACGGUUGCCUCCGUUAAGUCCAGCAAUCCCCGAUAACCGUACAACUCCGAGCGCAUGAACCCGCUUGCCGACCCAAACAAUUCAAACUACCAAUUCAUCGUUUCAUACGUUCUGUAGUCAAAAGACAAAGGUUUACUGAAACGCUUUCUUUUCCCUUUUAGGACGAUAUAUUUUCCCCCAAAACUAUCAUGAUAAACAUUAUCGGUGAUAAGUAUUUUUGUUUUGUUUUAAAUCCCACUGAGAUAGCGCAUGUAUUGUUCACAUGCAUCCUUUUUAAGAACAAUUAACUUUAAAUUCAAAACAACAUUGGCAUUGUAUAUCUUUGAUAAAUAAAAAAUAUAAAUAAAACAAAGUUUGGAAAAAUUGUACUUACACAAAUAAACAUUUGACACACAGGUAUCGAGUCAUUAACAGACCAGAGACCCCAAAAAUGUCUUAAAACCAGACAAAUUAUCAGCCGAUAGUGUACAUAUCACCGUUAUUUUUAUUCAUUGUAUGAAUGUUGUCGUGUUGCAUACUGUAUAAUCGCUGCUGCCUCUAGGCUUUUGAAAAAGCUUUGACCUCGUGAGAUCAAUUCUAAACAAAAUAUAAAAUAAGGCCCGCCCUCGUGCUGCUGGACUGUCAAUCAACUGAUGUUUGCUAAACCACUGCCUGAAUAUUGAUAACGUGUGCCGCUGUGGUUAUGGCGCAAACGCCGUUCUGCCAGCGGCGCGGCGGGUGUGACGACAAUGACAAUUUCUCAAGUCCAGAAACUAAUUUUAAAAAAACUCCGUGUCCAUUGUAUGGAACGAUAGCCCGCCCUCCUCUGCCUCUGAUUGGCGAGCACCAAGACCGGACUCGUACUUUUGAUUCACUGUGUGUGUGUGGGCGGGUUUUAAACCACACCGUACUGAAUAUGCUUCACGCGUCCCUGCUCAUUCCUGCGCGUCUCAGACGCGGGACGCACGUCCAACGAGUUCCCUGGAUAUUACGCAACCGUAACAUUAUGCUACGUUUAAACGGUAACAUUGCGCUUAAUUAUGGGAAAAUGGAAACCCAUCCAUCCAUUUUCUGAGCCGCUUCUCCUCACUAGGGUCGCGGGCGUGCUGGAGCCAUCGGGCAGGAGGCGGGGUACACCCUGAACUGGUUGCCAGCCAAUCGCAGGGCACACAGGAAACAAACAACCAUUUUCACUCACAUUCACACCUACGGGCAUGCAUGUUUUUGGGAUGUGGGAGGAAACCGGAGUGCCCGGAGAAAACCCACGCAGGCACGGGGAGAACAUGCAAACUCCACACAGGCGGGGGCGGGGAUUGAACCCCGGUCCUCAGAACUGUGAGGCUGACGCUCUAACCAGUCGGCCACCGUGCCGCGGAAAAUGGAAACCUGCACUGAAAAAUGAUUUUUUUGGGGAAAACUAUUAUUUAGCCAGAUUGGUCUCUUUGAGAGGAAAAACUUCUUUCAAGAGAGACAGUGAAAACACAAAGUUAGAAUUACGUUACAAUUUCUAAAGCUCAAAGUUUGGGAUAGAACCACCUCCGAGUCAUAGCGAGGAAUAAUUCGUUCAAGCAGCUGAGCUAAAACUAAAUCCUAUCGAAACCGCUUCCGUUUCUUUCAUUUUAGAUUGCAAAACAUUUACGUUCCUUCAGCGCCACAUUCCAGGCUGAUUCAAUUCAAAUGCAUUGCACACAAAAGUUGAAUAGAAAUUGAAAACAAAACAACAACAAUCUAAAAGAUAACUACAAUUGUAUUGAAUUGAAAAGUUAAAUCCAACUGAACUAUUGUACUUUAACAAACAUACUGUACUCAAUAAAUACAACGAAGUCACAGUUUGAACAUUUAAUUCAGCGAUUCCGUGGCGUGCCACUAGAGGGAGCCCGUGUAGCACACCGACAACCACUGGUUUCGAGGCAAGACCUGUUUUUGCAUGCUGAACUCGGGCUGCAACUAACGAUUACUUGGAUCGUUGAUUCAUCUGUCGAUUAUUUAUUGGAUUCAUCGAUGACUUGGAGUAAAAUUCCAUCCCUUUAUUAAAAAACAGGACAGGACUACAAAUGGACAGUGCAGAAAAUGCACAAAGACAAACUGAUUAUGAUUCAGUUCCUGGUUUGGUCUCUCAGGAAAUUGGCAAAAUAUUGAUGAUUGUUUUCCAAAGUAAAAGCAGAUGUUUGCAAAUGUCUUAUUUGGAUUCAACACAAAGAUAAUCAGUCUGCAAACAUGGAGGACUACACAAGUCAGAAUAUUUUCUGUUGACAGGCUGAAAUUACAACAAUUUGGACAAUCUGAAGUUCAACAAAACCAUUCAUCGAUGAUACAAAAUAGUUGAUUCAUUUGAUGAUCAAUUUCUUGUCGAUGAAUGGAUCACUUGAGUUCUUACUUGCAGGCCAGGUGAGCAGCUGGAUGCCACGCCCCUCUCCUUCUCGGGGGGCGCGGUCUUCUCCACUUGCACUUCCGGCCGGGGGGGCGUCCUAAGCACAAAACGCCGGCUUGCUGACUAGAAAAACAAACAAGGAAGACGAGCCGCCGUCCAACCUGUUGCUUGUCGCAGGCUCCGCCUCCUGUCCCAUCACGGCAGCGUGACACGACGGCUCGUCCGCAGACGCUUCGUCGUCGUCGUCGUCGUCAUCUGAGCUCAGAUUGUCGACGCCUGUCC